UCUUUCUCCAGAAGUAGCUGAAGCACAGAAGCCUCCAUCAUGGAUUUCCAGCAUCGUCCUGGAGGUAAAACCGGGAGCGGAGGCGUCGCCUCGGCCUCCGAAAGUAACCGAGACCGCAGGGAAAGGCUCCGGCAGCUCGCCUUGGAAACCAUCGACAUCAACAAGGACCCUUAUUUCAUGAAAAACCACCUGGGCUCUUACGAAUGCAAGCUUUGCCUCACACUGCACAACAACGAGGGAAGUUACUUAGCACAUACCCAGGGGAAGAAGCAUCAGACCAAUUUGGCCCGACGAGCUGCCAAGGAAGCUAAGGAAGCCCCUGCCCAGCCCGCGCCGGAAAAGGUCAAAGUGGAAGUGAAGAAAUUUGUGAAAAUCGGACGACCGGGUUAUAAAGUGACCAAACAGAGAGAUCCAGAAACAGGUCAGCAGAGCCUUCUCUUCCAGAUCGAUUACCCGGAGAUCGCGGAGAGCAUCAUGCCUCGGCACCGGUUCAUGUCAGCCUACGAGCAACGGAUUGAGCCCCCCGACAGGCGCUGGCAGUACCUGCUGAUGGCAGCCGAGCCCUACGAGACCAUCGCCUUCAAGGUGCCAAGCAGAGAAAUCGACAAAGCAGAGGGCAAGUUUUGGACCCACUGGAACAGGGAAACCAAACAGUUCUUCCUUCAAUUCCACUUCAAG